GGUCUAGGUGGGAGAAAAUGGAAGCUGGGUGAAGUGUGAGUGGGUUUAGGCGCCGCCUCUGCUGUGCGGAACUGUUCUUCAGGUCGAUGCGGCAAGCCGGACUAGCGGCCGGCCGGACCGGUUGCUAUGGAGAUGGUGGGCCUAUGUUGCCUGUUGGCUCUGAGUUUACUUUAUUCUCUCUGGAUCCGCUACAUUUACCGGCAGCAGCGCAGCCGUAGCCGCGUGGAGCCGGGCCCGGGCACCUCGGCGCUGCUGGUCAUCGCUCACCCGGACGACGAAUGCAUGUUCUUCGCGCCGGCCUUGCUGCGCCUGGGGGCCCGCCGCCUGCCCGUGCGUCUGCUCUGCCUCUCCACAGGGAACUUCUACAAUCAAGGAGAGGUUCGUAAGAAGGAACUGGUGCAGAGCUGUGCUGUCCUGGGGAUCCCAUCUUCCUACGUAACCAUCUUGGAUCACAGAGAUCUUCCAGACCAUCCCAGAGUACGAUGGGACCCAGAUCUUAUUGCUCUGCUUAUCCUCGACUACAUGACAAUGCAUCAUAUCAACCUGGUAAUGACGUUUGAUAAAAAUGGAGUGAGUGGUCAUGCCAACCAUGCUGCUGUUUACUAUGCUGUCAGGAAACUUUGGUCAGAAAGGAAACUGCCCAAUGACUGCCAGGCUCUUGUACUUGAAUCUACAAACGUUCUCCGGAAGUAUAUCUCCAUCUUGGAUCUUCCUAUUAGCUGGCUGAGGCCCCACCACGUAAUGUAUAUAUUGCAAAAUCACGAGUAUCAACAGGCCAAGGCAGCAAUGUACUGUCAUCAGAGCCAGCUGCUGUGGUUCCGGCACCUCUACCUGUACCUCUCUCGCUACAUGGUUAUAAACACUUUCCACCUACUGUCUGACUGAGGAUCCAUUCAUUCUUCCAACUGCAGACAUCGCAUUUUCAAGGAUAACAUUUUCUCAAAAUCUGGUUAAAGGAAUUGUCAAAAUAUACAAAUAACCUUUUGAUGGAAUUACGUAAAAAAUAGAAGAUGACAACAGAGAAUUGAGCAGCAUCAUCUGCAGUUGUGUUCUUCAUUCUGCACGGUGGCGCAGCGGUAAAGUUGCUGCCUUGUGGCGCCAGAGACCCGGGUUCAAUACUGACUACGGGUGCUGUCUGUACGGAGUUUGUAUGUUCUCCCCGUGACCGCGUGGGUUUUCUCCGAGUGUUCCCACACUCGAAAGGUAUACAUGUUUGUAGGUAAAUUGACUUUUUUUUAAUAUAUAUUAUUGGAAGCAAUUGUACAAAAGGUGUGACAAUUUUACAGCUCUGGCACAGCUCCAUUUUUAACAUUUUUCACACAGAACAUUAAAUUAAAAAGAGAAGAAAGAGAAAAAGGAAAGAAAGAAGAAAAAAGAGGAGAUAUAUCUGUCGACCCACCCAUGCGCCCACUCACCCAGACCUACAAUCAGUUUCGAAUUUGUGUUCAACCAUUGUGUUGCUCAAGAAAUUCAAUAAAAGGAGACCAUAUUUUUUUAAUUGUU